UAGCAACAUCGCACAAUGGAUCAGUUUACUCAUACUUUUAUGAUGGCACCCACAAAGAUAUAUGUGUACUUCAGUGCAUAAUCCUUUCGGCGAGAUUAUUUCAUGAGAGAAAUACUUCAUGGAACAAUGGCACUGAAGGUACAUCUGGUGAUCCAAGUUGAAACAGCAAUGUGUUCUACAUUUCAAUAAGUUUGCGGUUGUUCACUGGACAAUGCUCUGCCUACAUCAGUGAGAACUGGAGAAGAGCCCCAACGCUGUGUCUGUUCCUGUUCCCCCCCGCACUUGACCCGACCUGCGCCCGAGACGCAGGCCCAAGAUGAACGCCUCCGAGAUCACCACCCUCCCCCUCCCCCAUUGGAGCCUGUGGCUGAAUGCCAGUCCCGUGUACUCCCACCCCAACGCCACCGCCACGUCUGCGCCCAUGGCCAAGCCCAAGGCGUGCGAGCAGCUCAACAUCGCCACCGAGGUCUUCCUCACACUGGGCAUUAUUAGCCUCCUGGAGAACAUCCUGGUCAUCUGGGCCAUCAUCAAGAACAAGAACCUCCACUCGCCCAUGUACUUCUUCGUGUGCAGCCUGGCCGUGGCCGACAUGCUGGUCAGCGUGUCCAAUGCUUGGGAGACCAUCGUCAUCUACCUGCUGGCCAACCGGCAGCUGGUGGUGGACGACCACUUCACGCGGCAGAUGGACAACGUCUUCGACUCCAUGAUCUGCAUCUCGGUGGUGGCGUCCAUGUGCAGCCUGCUGGCCAUCGCUGUGGACCGCUACGUGACCAUCUUCUACGCGCUGCGCUACCACAACAUCAUGACGGUGCGUCGCGCCUCCUUCAUCAUCGCCAGCAUCUGGACCUUCUGCACGGGCUGCGGCAUCGUCUUCAUCAUCUACUCGGACUCCACGUCGGUCAUCGUCUGCCUCGUGUCCAUGUUCUUUGCCAUGCUCGUGCUCAUGGCGUCCCUCUACAGCCACAUGUUCAUGCUGGCUCGCUCGCACGUCAAACGCAUCGCCGCGCUGCCCGGCUACAACGCCAUCCACCAGCGGGCGAGCAUGAAGGGCGCCAUCACGCUGACCAUCCUGCUGGGCAUUUUCGUGGUGUGCUGGGCGCCCUUCUUCCUGCACCUCAUCCUCAUGAUCUCCUGCCCGCGGAACAUCUACUGCGUCUGCUUCAUGUCGCACUUCCACAUGUAUCUCAUCCUCAUCAUGUGCAACUCGGUCAUCGACCCGCUCAUCUACGCUUUCCGCAGCCAGGAGAUGCGCAAGACCUUCAAGGAGAUCAUCUGCUGCUACAGCCUGCGGAAUGUCUUCGAGAACGUCCUCACGCUGCCUAUGACGGACCGGACGGCCAGCAACCAGGUCUACGACACGUCUCAGGCAGCAAGGAACGCCAAGCGGUCAUAAGCUGGUGUAAGUCAAUGCUUGGAGGAUUUCAUAUCAUGUGAUAAGCUACACCUGCAGUGCCACUUGGACUCAAAGGAUGGAUGGAUGUAAACAGGACUAUUCACUAUCAUGACAGUCAAUAAAAUAUUACAUUCUUAAAGGUUGUCAUUUGAUAGAUCCAUCAAUUCAUAUUCAAAUACUUUUAAGAAUAUGGUGAAAAAGAUCAUUCUGCCACAUCUUACAGACUAUCAGUAUCAACUGUAAAUAUCUAAAAUAAUGUCAACAUUAAAGUUGAAAAGAGCUAUCUGAAGGCAUAAACUAUCAUAGUGUAAUACUACUGUAAAUGUGCUACAAGACAUCAGGACUUCUUAUAAAUGCGUGUGGUAAACUAGUUGUAAAUAAAUGGUGUACAUUGUUAUAAU